AUGACCUAUAGAACAGAUGCAAAAGAAAAUAAGGCGAUGGGAGCUGGAUGGAAGGCAGCGCAUGCGGUCUGCGCUAUCGCCCGCGCCAUUGUCCUCGCCCGCACCGUCGCCCUCGCCGCGAGAAAUUGGGCCGGGGCGCCAGCGACGAAUCCUAACCCUAUCUCCUCCGUGCAAGGAGCGCACCGCGCCAUCGUCCUCGCCGUGGGAGAUUGGGCCGGGGCGCCUAUCCGUGCCGCCACACGUCGCCGACCCCGCCUUGCCCAUGCUGCUGCGCCGCCGUCGCAAGGCCAUCCCCGACCUGUGCCGGCACCUCGCCCAUCCUCGAUCCGUGCCCGACAUUCCCUGCUUCUAGGACAGAGCACUGAGAAGAAGAAGAAUGACGAUGGAACAAAGGUUGAAUACAGGCUUUGGAACCCCUUCCGUUCCAAGUUGGCUGCUGCUGUGCUUGGGGGCAUUGACAACUUCUGGAUUGCUCCUGGUACUCGGGUGCUGUAUCUUGGUGCUGCUUCUGGCACAACUGUUUCUCAUGUGUCUGAUAUUGUAGGACCGGAUGGACUGGUCUAUGCUGUUGAGUUCUCUCACAGGAGUGGAAGAGACCUUGUCAACAUGGCAAAGAAGAGGACCAAUGUGAUCCCCAUUAUUGAGGAUGCCAGGCACCCGGCAUGGUACCGGAUGCUGGUUGGCAUGGUUGAUGUUAUCUUCUCUGAGGCUAGGAUCUUAGCCCUUAAUGCUUCAUACUUUUUGAAGCAUGGUGGCCACUUUGUCAUUUCAAUUAAGGCGAAUUGUAUUGACUCCACCCUGCCCGCUAAGGCCGUGUUUGCUGCUGAAGUGGAGAAGCUCAAGGCGGAUCAGUUCAAGCCUGAUGAGCAGGUGACCUUGAAGCCCUACGAGCGUGACCACGCCUGUGUUGUGGGUGGCUACAGGAUUCCCAAGAAGCAGAAGGCUGCCUCUUAG